AUGCCUUUCAAGAAGCACGGCCGCACCUACGACCUGGUGUUGUUUGGCGCUACGGGUUACACUGGUGCUUACACCGCCGAUUAUGUUUCCAAGAACCUGCCAACGGACCUAAAAUGGGCCAUUGCUGGCCGUUCGCGGGAGAAGCUGGCCAAAGUCGCCGCCGAUCUCAAGAAACAGAACCCCGACCGCCUGCAGCCCGGCCUCGAGAUCUGCAGCGUCAACGACGAUGAGCUCGCCCAGUUGGCCAAGAAAACGGCUGUGCUCAUCUCGACGGUCGGACCGUAUGGUGCCCAUGGCGAGCCGGCCUUCAAGGCCUGCGCUGAGAACGGCACGCACUACGUUGAUGUCACGGGCGAGGUGCCCUUUGUGGCCCGGAUGAUUCGCACAUACGAGGCGGCUUGCAAGGCGUCUGGUGCGCUCAUGUUCCCGCAGAGCGGCAUUGAGUCGGCACCGGCCGACAUUGCUGCCGCCGAGGUCGCCCGCGUCAUCCGCACCGAGCUGGGUGCCAAGACCGCCGAAGUGACCGCGUCCCUCCGCCUCAAGGCCCUGCCGUCCGGGGGCACGCUCGAUACCGUGCUAACUGCGUUUGACAACUUUUCGAUACGCGAGCUGCGUUCGACCUUGGCACCCUAUGCGCUAUCGCCCGUACCGCGGCCCAACGGCCAUCGUGGCAACCCAUCGUUGCUGUCGUAUCUCACCGGCGUCGUUAGUGUCCGUCACCUGGGCACUCUUACAACGUCCUUGUUCGGGUCCACCAAUGCGGCACAGGUGGAACGCACGUGGGGUCUGCUGUCGAGCCUGCCAGGCCGCGGCGCCGAGGCCUACGGCCCCAAUUUUUCCUUUGCUGAGUACGCGCGCGCGCGCAACUGGCUCAAGGCCGUGCAGAUGCACUGGUCCCUGGCCAUUGGCAGCUUCUUGCUGGCCACGUUCCCUCCCUUCCGCUGGCUGGCCAAGCGCUAUGUAUUUGCGCCCGGUACCGGUCCGAACCGUGAAAAUGCCCGCAAAGACGUGACCGAGUACCGUGCCGUCGGCAAGCCUGACACGGAGAACCCGACCAAAGUCGCCUUCACCACCGCUACGUUCCGCGGUAGCAUGUACGAUCUGACUGGUAUUCUCGCGUCGGAGGCGGCCCUGGCCAUUCUUUUGGACGACCUCAAGCUGGAGGGCGGCGUCUAUACUCCGUCGCUCCUGGGCCCCAAGUUCAUCGAGCGUCUUGGCGAGGCCGGGUUCAAGUACGAGACGAAGCUCAUCGAUGCAUGA